UUUAUAUCCACAGACGUACGAAACUAUAAUUAGUACAACGUUUGGUCUUUACGUAAUGUUUUUAUACUCUAUUACGCUUUUACCGGUAUCAACACAAAGAAAAAAUGCAACAGGGAUGUUGGAAAGUUGACGAGAAUGAUGAAGGUGCUACUAACACUUUUUACAAACGUGAGAAGCACCACCAUUUCUCACAUGAGUUAUGGACGGAGUUGUACAAAUCAAAAGAUACCGGGACUAAAGCGGUUUAUAUAGAUAUUGACGCAGAUAACCGUGAAGAUGAUUCUGACCACGAGUAUUCCAAAUGGAAUGAGCUUCCUGACCUAAUAAUCGAGCAAAUUUUUUCUCAUCUCUCUAUAAGAGAAAAAUAUUAUGCCAGUUUAGUUUGUAGAUCAUGGUACAGAGCGUUCUACCUACCUCGUGCUUGGUCUGAAUUUGUUUUGGAGGAUAACACAUUGACCAGAGGAAGAUUCAAUUAUUACUCAGGCUGGCAGUAUGUUUUAGACCACGUACGUACGCAAAUGUGCCUAUGUGCAGUAGGACAAAAUUUCAAACGACUGAGGAUCGAACCAAUGAUUAAUUUCUUCAAUCUCUACGAAUUCAUAAACAUAGUCUCUUGGUACAUAGAAAAUAGGAACAAUAAAGCUGAAAAUAUAAAACAAGGAAUCGCCAGGAAUAUAAAAUCAUUGAAAUAUACUUUUCCUUGCAAUUUGAUCAGCAGGGAUGAAACAAAAAGUUGUGGAACAGGAGGAAAGCUACUAGUUGCCUUAAAAAGACUGAUGAACAAUCUUACAAAACUCAAAAGCCUUGAACUCACUGACUUACUGUUGGAUCCACGGGAAGCUCAAUAUUUACUAGACGAAGUCUGUCAGAAUUGCUACAAUAAACUUGAAUAUUUAUCUGUUGUGAAUGCUACUAAACUUCAGUACACAAUUUUGCAUGUAGGGAUAUUUAUCAACUUACAGGUUCUUAUAAUAAGUCCCCAAAAUCUAGGGGAUGAUAGCGUUGAAUUAUUGGGCUAUACCAAUUUGAAGCACUUACAUAUUGUUCAGAAUCGGUAUACACCUAAUGAUGUCACUAUAAUUUCUGUAUCACAAAGAACUUGGAAGAAUUGUAGACAAAACAAUCCUGCUUUAAGGGUUCACUUACAGUUGGAAUCAAUGAAGGCAAAGCAGUUAAUUUGGCAACAAGGUGCACCAGCUAAAACUGUCCUUUACAAUUCUCCACAUAUUGGGCUCAACAUAAAUCAGUUAGUCUUAGCUAUAGAAUUUUAUAAAAAUACCUUGACGACUUAUGGGCAUAUGAAUAUACCUAGAUUCUGGUCUGAAAAAUCUUUCUUUCACAGAAUAGAUGCCAGUUUGAUGUUGUUACUGAGAGAGUGUCCUUGUAUCUCAACUCUAGUUGUAACUGAAAGAAUUUCCACAUCAACAGUUUUACUCCUGGCAUUCACAGGGAAAAACUUGAGAAAUCUCUACAUCAGAGGUAAAGCAGUAAUAAUUCGUAAUGACUGGCCAAGAAAUCAAGAAUGGAGCGAUGAAUUUUGUGAAUGGUUAAAGAUGAAUAGUAGAUCUUAUAAGUUAGUCGAACAGGAAGUCUCACAAAUAUUAGGUUAUCAGUGGCAUUUCUUGACAGAUAAAGAAUUCCUGAACCUAAAAGUAAAUUUACGCACUUCUUGAAUUUCAAUAAAUAUGAAAUAUUAUAUAGAAGAAAAGAAUAUUUUAAAAUAUAAAGUAUGAAUAUUUUUAUUUACUAACAUGAAAAAACUUGUUAUAAAAAGUGAUUGCUUAUAAGACAAUUCAAAAAUUUUCAUUCGAUAAAAUACAUAUUUACAUUGAAACAAUACCAGCAGAACUUAGAAACCUUCAAAUCUGCUUUCUUUAUGUUGACGAAUACUAUAAUUUGUACAUUACACCUUAUUUUGCUAUAUUUAUGAACAUUUUAGAAUAAACAUCUCCUAAUGA